ACGUCUGACGUGUCCGGAAGUGCCGCGGAGCUGCUUGUUUUCUUUCUACUUCCCGGUCUUCAUCGUUUCUUCAUCGUUUCUUCAUCGUUUCUUCGUCCUCAGAUCAGACUUCCAGUGAAGACAUUUCUCUUUUUACGCGUGUGUUUGUUUGAACUUCUCACUGAGGACGUGACGCAGCGAGAAACUCCGGAUGAAAAAUCUAACCUGGCUUCCCCAGAUGCCCUAGCUAGCUAACAGGCUAACAGGCUACCAGCUGCUGUGUGUGUGUUUACAACUCGUUCAGAAGAGAUUCAGUGAAGCAGCAGGAUGUGUGGGAGCCGGGGGCAGCACGUGUCUGCUCUCCGGCUGUAAACAGGUUCACUUUCACCGUCCAGGCAGCGGAGAUGAUCAGGUAACGGAGACAGAAUCUGCAGGUCGAGGCUGGAGGCUUCAACAUGGAGGAGAAAUACAGCAGCAACGUGCUCUCAGGAGGGAAACUGGGAAUGGUCGAGGUGCCCAACUCCAGGUUAACCAGGUACAUUGUUCUACUAGUCGUCUCGAAGGUCCUCAAGGCUCUUGGGAUCUUUGAAUCGUACGAUAUCCUUAAAGUUGUUCACAUCGUCCAGUUCAUCUUCAUACUAAAAUUAGGGAGCGCUGUAGUUCUACUCUUCUUUCAAAAGCCUUUCUCCUCUGGUAAAGUCAUUUCAAGAAGACAGUGGAUAAAGUUACUGAAGCAUGCUGUUUUCAGCUGUGUCAUCUCUCUCCUGGGAUUCUUUGGUCUGACUCUCUGUGGACCUCUAAGGACACUGCUGCUUUUUGAGCACAGUGAUGCGGUGGUCAUUGCUCUUCUUGGCGUCCUGUUCACCAGCUCAGGGGGGGGACCGUCUAAGACCAGAGGUGCUGCCCUCUUCAUCAUCGCGGUUAUCUGCCUCUUCCUCUUUGACAACGAUGAUCUCAUGGCAAAGAUGGCUGAGCACCCUGAGGGACAUCAUGACAGCGCGCUCACUCAUUUCCUCUACACCGCCAUCGCGUUUUUAGGGGUUGCGGAUCACAAAGGAGGCGUGGUGCUGCUGGUGGCCUCCCUGUGUCUGAAGGUGGGCUUUCACACAGCCUCCAGGAAGUUAUCAGUGGAAUUAGGUGGUGCAAAACGCCUGUAUGCCCUUGACAACCUGGUGUCAUCCAUGGUUCUGCUGCCCUGGGUCAUCGUGCUCUCAGCGACCACAGAAAGCAAAGUAGAUUCGUGGUCGUCCCUCAUCCUUCCUUUCGGGAUGAUCAUCUUCUCUGUGAUGAUCCUGGAGUUUUACGUCGAGGCCGUCUGCAGCGCGAAGAUGGAGACGCCCAGAUGUGCCCGCUACGGCACCAUCGCCCUCUUCCUCAGCGCCCUGCUGCUCGCCAACUUCUGGACCCACCCACUGACGGACCAGCUGCGCUCCAUGAGCAAACCGCCGCAGCAGGUCAGCACGGAGCACGUGCUCUCUGGAGGAGUGUUAGUCAGCGCCAUCUUCUUCAUCAUGUCGACCAGCAUUCUGUCGUCUCCUUCAAAGAAAGGGCAGAAGGGCACCUUGGUGGGUUACUCGCCUGAAGGGACCCCUCUGUACAACUUCAUGGGCGACGCCCUGCAGCACACGUCGCAGUCCCUCCCACGGUUCAUCAAAGAUUCAUUGAAACAGAUCCUGGAGGAAUACGACUCCAGACAAAUCUUCUACUUCCUCUGUCUCAACCUGGCUUUCACCUUCGUGGAGCUGUUUUAUGGUGCUUGGACCAACAGUCUGGGGCUGAUCUCUGACGGCUUCCACAUGCUGUUCGACUGCUCGGCUCUAGUCCUGGGUCUGUUUGCUGCGCUCAUGACUCGCUGGAAAGCCACCAGGAUUUUCUCUUAUGGGUAUGCUCGUGUUGAAAUACUUUCUGGAUUCAUCAACGGUCUGUUCCUCAUGGUCAUCGCUUUCUUUGUUUUCAUGGAGUCGGUCAGUCGUUUGUUGGAUCCUCCCAAUAUAAACACAGACAUGCUGACGCCGGUGUCAGUCGGGGGGCUGCUGGUCAACCUGGUGGGCAUCUGUGCAUUCAGUCACGCUCACUCCCAUGGCGGCAAAAGCUGCUCAUCGAAUGACCACGGCCACUCGCACCAUGGCCACUCCCACAGCGAGCACAGCCACGGAGGUCACGGCCACUCCCAUGGAGGACACGGGCACGGCGGACACGGCCACGGUGGACACGGGCAUGGUGGGCACGGCGGACACGGGCACUCCCAUGGCUCGGGGGGCGGAGGCAUGAACGCUAACAUGAGAGGUGUUUACCUUCACGUCCUCGCUGACACUCUGGGCAGCGUUGGUGUGAUCAUCUCCACCAUCCUCAUCCGCCAGUUCGGCUGGUUGAUUGCCGACCCCAUCUGCUCGCUCUUCAUCGCCACGCUCAUUUUCCUCAGCGUCAUCCCUCUGAUCAAGGACGCUUGCGAGGUUCUUCUUUUACGAACUCCCCCGGAGAACGAGAAGGACCUGAACAUUGCACUGGAGAAGGUGGAGAAGGUUGAAGGAGUUGUGUCGUACAGAGACUCUCAUUUCUGGAGACAUUCGGCCAACGUCAUCGCAGGAACCAUCCACCUCCAGAUCAUGGCCGAUGUGGUUGAGCAGAGAAUCGUACAGCAGGUGACGGCCAUUUUGAAAGACGCCGGAGUGAAUAAUCUGUCGGUGCAGGUGGAGAAGGAGGCGUACUUUCAGCACAUGUCUGGACUCAGCACCGGAUUUCACGAAGUUCUGGCAAUGACGCAGCAGAUGGAGUCCAUGAAAUACCUGAAAGACGGGACGUGCAUCAUGUGACGUCCGUAUGUGGGACCAAAUUAAACUUUAAUGAUUCUUUUGAAAUGUACAGUGUAAGUAUGUGGUUUGAAUAAAUCUGAAUAUAUUGGUUUUAUCA